CAUCUUUGUUCGUCUCGGCUGUUCACUGUAGAGACGCUGUUUGGUUCACUAAGGGUCAAAUAACAUACCUGCUGGUUUAAACGCAACUGCACCAUGUGGCAACACUCCGUUUUUUAAGAAAGCUUUCCUAAAAUACUUUAGGCUAAAAGUUUUCAUGCCUGGUAAUAUAUUUACGCUGCCGUGGAAGCUUUUCUGUGCUGGAUUCUUAGUUCAUAACGUGCACAUAAGAGCAUGUUGUGUCAUGUUUUUGGAGUACAGUUUAGUGUAAAUGUUUGGGCUCAGUUCUGAUAAUCAAUUUAGAAACCCCACCAAUUGCACCAUAGCCGUCAAAUCACCGCCAACGAGCUGCACGUGAUGGUUGUAUUGUCUAUUGUUGUCUUCGAGCGCGUUAGAUUGCGACCGGCUGUGCUCUUUGGACCAGUUUACUACAUCGUACGAGUACUGACUGUCACAUACCGUCCCCUCUCCCCCCCCCCCCCUUAUACUUCCGUACACAUAGAUCGCAUCGCGCAAGACCAGCUGAUGGCGCCAAAGGACCAGCGAGGCCGACAUUAAGAGGAGAGCCCGAUUCAUCCGUAUCUCCGUCCAUCGACUGUCCCCCCGACACAUGGCCGACUCAGAGGACCCGCUUUAACACACGUGUAACCACAGCGGGGGGGGGGGGGCUUCGGGGUGGCAGGGACGGUCCAGGUUCGACCUUCAUGAAUUCUUCACACGCCUCAGUGGUGGAGGUGAAGAGCAGCCUUCCAUCGGGCAUGCAGAGCCCAGUAGGAACAGCGAGCGAGCAGAGAGGAGGGGGCGGAGAAGGAGGUGGGUGUCCAGGAGAAGGCCCAGGAGGAGGUGCUGGUGGAGGAGGAGGGGGAGGCCCAGUGGACCUGCGGACCGAGGCCAGGGUGGGCUCCCUGUCUGUGGGCGCGGCGGCGGCGGUGGACACGGCCAUGAGGGAGCAGCAGCUCCAGCAGGAACUUGUGCUCCUCAAGCAGCAGCAGGAGCUCCAGAAGCAGCUGCUGUUUGCCGAGUUCCAGAAGAAACACGAAGUGCUCACGAGGCAACACGAGGUGCAGCUGCAGGAGCACCUGAAGCAACAACAAGAGCUGCUGGCGGCGAAGCGGCAGCAGGAGCUCGAGCAGAAGAGGAAGCUGGAGCAGCAGAGGCACGAGGAGCAGGAGAAGCACCGGCUCGAGCAGCAGCUGCUGCUGCUCCGGAACAAGGAGAAGGGCAAAGAGAGUGCCAUCGCCAGUACUGAGGUGAAGCUGAAGCUGCAGGAGUUUCUUCUCAAUAAGAAAGAGCCCGGCAUCGGGGGGCUGAACCAUUCCUUCUCCCCAAAGUGCUGGGGAGCCCAGCACAUCUCCCUGGAGCAGGGCUCUCCUCCGCAGAGCAACACCCCAGGAACUCCUCCCUCCUACAAACUGCCCCCGCUGCUGGGGAACUACGACGGCAAAGACGACUUCCCGCUCCGCAAGACAGUGUCGGAGCCCAACCUGAAGGUGCGCUCACGGUUGAAGCAGAAGGUGGCAGAGAGGCGGAGCUCUCCACUCCUGCGCAGGAAGGACGGGACCGUUAUCAGCACCUUUAAGAAGAGAGCCAUAGAGAUAUCAGUCUCCUCUCUCUGUAACAGCGCUCCAGGUUCUGGUCCCAGCAGCCCCAACAGUUCCAACUCGGCUAUCGCCAAUGGCAACACGGGGUCUGUCCCCAACAUACAGACCGAGCUGAGAUCCCUCCACCAGACGCUGGGGGCUGAUGGGACAUUGAGUCCUCUGAAUCUCUACACCUCGCCCUCGUUGCCCAAUAUUUCCUUGGGCCUCCCAGCCAACACGCACAUCACGACCGCCCAGGCACUGUCCAACCAGCAAGAGGCUGAGCGUCUAGCCAUCCAAUCGUUGCGUGGGGGCGGGGCUCUAACAGGGAAGUUUCUCUCUACGUCUUGCCUACCUGCAGGGGUGGGGCAUGAGGUAGAGCCCCCCAGCUCUCAUUCUGCCCAUUCCUCGUUACUGCAACAUGUACUACUGCUGGAGCAGGCCAGACAACAGACUACUAUGCUAGCCGUCCCCAUGUACAGCCAGUCGCCGCUGGUCACGGCAGAGAGAGGCGCGUCCAGCGGUAUGCGGGCGGUCAACAAGUUGCCUCGCCACCGGCCGCUGGCUCGGACCCAGAGUGCACCUCUGCCCCAGUCGCCCCAGGCCCUGCAGCAGCUGGUGGUCCAGCAGCAGCACCAGCACUUCCUGGAGAAACACUACAAGAUUCUAUCGAAAGGGGUGGACCUUCCUAGGCCGCCGCCCACACACCCAGAGGAGACGGAGGAGGAGCUCACGGAGACUAACGACAUGCAGGAGGAUGACGAAGGGGCGAGCCUUCACAGGCUUCAGAAGGAGGGGUCAGACGACAGCACGCACUCCUCCGAGCGCCUCGGCGUGCACGCGAAGAGUGAGGAGGAGCAUGGGAGCAUGCACGUGAAAGGGGAGAGCACAGAGAGUGAACUGGAUGAAGAGGAGGAGGAGGACGACAUCAUCCAACUGAGGGAGUGCGACGAUGAGGAGAGGGGGAGCUACACACAGGCCUUGCAGCAGCUGGGCGUGUUCCAGUCCCCGUUGCCCCACAGACCUCUGGGGAGAGCGCAGUCGUCCCCCGCCGCCCCGGUCAACCCCAUCAAGCACCUCUUCACCACCGGGCUUGUGUAUGACAGUCUGAUGCUGAAGCACCAGUGUGUGUGCGGCAACGCUCACAUCCACCCAGAGCAUGCUGGGAGAGUGCAAAGCAUCUGGUCCCGACUGCAGGAGACGGGUCUGUUGGGGCGCUGCGAGAGGAUUCGGGGGCGUAAAGCGUCUCUGGAUGAGAUCCAGUCGGUCCAUUCCGAGUUCCACACUCUGCUGUAUGGAACCAGCCCGCUGAAUCGACACAAACUGGACCACAAGAAGCUGCUGGGUCCAAUCAGCCAGAAGAUGUAUGCUGUUCUCCCGUGUGGAGGAAUCGGGGUGGACAGCGACACCGUGUGGAACGAGAUGCACUCGUCGGCGGCGGUGCGCAUGGCGGUCGGCUCGGUGAUCGAGCUGGCCUUCAGGGUGGCGGCGGGGGAGCUGAAGAACGGCUUCGCUGUGGUGCGUCCCCCAGGCCACCACGCCGAGGAGUCCACCGCCAUGGGGUUUUGUUUCUUUAAUUCAGUAGCCAUCACUGCCAAGCUGCUGCAGCAGAAGCUGGGCGUGGGCAAGAUCCUCAUCGUGGACUGGGACAUUCACCAUGGCAACGGCACCCAGCAGGCCUUCUACACUGACGCCAGCGUCCUCUACAUCUCCCUCCAUCGCUACGACGACGGAAACUUCUUUCCUGGUAGUGGAGCGCCAGAGGAGGUGGGAUCGGGUGCGGGAGUUGGUUUCAAUGUGAACAUAGCGUGGACCGGGGGAGUGGAGCCCCCUAUGGGGGACGUGGAGUACCUCACUGCCUUCAGAAGCGUAGUGAUGCCCAUCGCCGAGCAGUUCAGUCCAGACGUGGUCCUGGUGUCUGCGGGCUUCGACGCCGUGGAGGGUCAUCAGUCUCCUCUGGGGGGGUACAACGUCUCCGCCAAGUGUUUCGGUCAGCUAACGCAGCUGCUGAUGGGUCUGGCGGGCGGCCGCGUCAUCAUGGCUCUGGAGGGCGGUCACGACCUCACGGCCAUCUGCGACGCAUCGGAGGCCUGCGUCGCGUCGCUGCUGGGCGAGCCGUGUGACUCAGGGUUUCAGUGGCCUCAGGAGAAGCCGUGUCCGAAAGCGUGGGCCUCACUGGAGAGAGUCAUCGAGAUCCAGGAUAAACACUGGUCGUGUCUCCAGAGUUUGUCUCAGACAAGUGGCCACUCGCUAUUGGAUGAACCCGUGGGGACGCAGGGCCAAUCGGAGAAGGACGAGGCGGAGACGGUCAGUGCCAUGGCCUCACUCAGCGUCGAUGUGGAGCGGCCGGGCUCCAAUCACGACAACGCAGAAACCAGCAGGUGCACAGAGGAGCCAAUGGAAGAAGAGCCUGUAUUGUAGGAGGAGUUUACAGGAGAACCAAACAAAAGACCCUAGAAGUUCACUUCCUUCUGGCACGUCCUCUUCCUUCUCUUCUUCCUCUGCCGAGUGUGCGUUGGUGCGCGCACACACACACACACACACACACACACACACAGAGCAGAGUUGUGCCCUUGUGGAGGACGUUACGGAUGUCAAAAGGAGACUGGCGCUGUGGGAAACACACGCGCGUCUUGUUCAUCGACCCACAGGAGGAGCAAACGUCUUGUUGGCGUCUCCGCGGUAACGGCGGGGGGGGGGGGGGGGAAGAGAGGGUCGGCGAGGGGACACGUCUUGUAACCUGUAUGCUUUUACCACCUGCACACGGCACCACAGAAGUUUUUUUUUUUUUUUCUUCCAUCCGACUCUCUCCUGGGUCCCGGCUCCUCCUCGCAGCAGAGAGUCCAAGCGUUGGACACCAAGUGGACGCCUUGUCCUCUCGUCUGUCUGCCGGAGGAGUCACACGGCUUCUAAAAUGAGCAGAGGAGGAACCAGGUGCCUUUUUUUAGAAAACACAAAACAAGCACCCUCAGCCAAUCAGGACUGAAGAAAGCAACGCACAUGCUCACACCUUUCAGCCAGUUCACUUCUUGUUUCAUCAUCUGGAUGCCUUAAUUUGUUCUUAUCUCACUUUUCAGCAACCUUGAGAGAGAAUCAUGAAAAUAUAUAAAUAGAAACUGAUAAAAAUGUUCUUUAAAAUCGGACAAUAUUCGGCCAGGUACUUCCGAUUGAUUUGGUUUAAGAAGAAAAGCAUCUGAAGCCAUCAUCACACAGUGGGCGAAUAUUAACGUCACCACUGUGGACAUCGACACGACUCUGACUUGUGCGGCGUCGGGUGGGUCAGACCCGUUUUAACAGUAUUCACUGGUGGAGAAAUGUAAACACGCCGCUCCGUCUUUCACUCACUCGUGAGGAUUGAGAGUCACAUGGUCCGAGCCUCGCCUCGACGACGGGGAUUCUGGGAUUGUGGCCCGUUUUCGAACCGCACAACGUCAGCACGUCCCUCCUCAUUGUUUGUUGUUGACUUGUAAUAUUUCCUCUUUGGUGUAAAUACUUUCUCCUGUCCUGUUGCCUAUAGUUACGUCACAGCAGACGCAGUGUGUCACUUUUCUAUAACUGUACAUACAUAUAUGUAUAAAAAACAAAGUACUUUCUCUUUUUGUAUAUAAAAAAAAGAAAACAAAAUAUAUACACACACACACACACACACAUACUUUACACACGGGUGUGUGUAUUAUGUUCUAUCCAAUCAGAUUGGAUUUAUGAGUAUAUUCUAUUUGGAGAUUUGAUGUUUUAAAGGUUUGGUUGUUGACAGGAUAUAAGCACAUGGUUGGUUUGUUAUGGCGAGGAUGACUGGAUUUUUUUUUUAGCUGUUGGAGGUGAAACGCGGGGCUCCAGUUCCUCUGCCAGGAACCAGCCUUUCAGUGAGGACAGAAAGGAUGGAUGUAGAGGUCAGAGGUCGUGUGAAGGAGUUGUUUGGUCCAGCCAUAAUGUACCAGUUCCCAUUUCCGUGGAGUCAUUACGGGCACGAGGCACUAACGUUUGAUCUAUUUGUUUGCUUGUGUGCAGCCCUGGAAUCGUCUUAAGUAGAAAUGAACAGUUUAAAUGAACACAAACUGCUUAAAAAAAAGUGUCACACAUUUGUAGUUGCUGCCGGUCUUAUUUAUUUUCUCAGCUAACGCCGUGUUGUCUCCUCCAAAGAAUUCUCGACUCACUACUAUUGGACCUCCAACGACGCGGCACACCCUUUUCCCUCUUGGGGUCCCUUGUUACUCCGGUACGUGACACUAACCGAGGAACUGGCUCCGUUUCCAGACAGAAGUGCAGAGUGAAAGUCCAUUUCCUUGUAAAUGGUGAAGAACUUUCUCUUCCAGAACCAUCCUGUAAAUUUGUAUUUUAAAUCUUCUUGCUGUAACUAUUUAUUUUUUACCUAACCCAAAUUCAUCAUCACGAUGACCCUGCACCAAACCAGUUAACAAACAACUAUUAAAAAGUAGAGCUUUUGAAAUAUGUUCUGGCCACACAUUCCGUGGUUACAUGUCCAGGACUGGUUUUUUUUUUCUUCUCUCUCGAGCUUUAAACGACUGCCUUCGGUCGCUGGAGGAAAAGCCCAACGGAGCCUCAGAACUGGACCAUUCCGAGUGACGGGUGGAACAGCGGCAGGUGGCGGGUUCCGUUCCUCAGAGCGGCACAUGCAGCAUGAGAGAGGAACCUGCCACCUGCCGCUGUUCCACCUCGGCGCUACUGACCAUUCCAUCACCUACAUCCAUAAAUCUCCUAAUUCCCACAACCCUCGGCUGGUGGGCCAGUGUUGUAGCCGACGCCGCGGACCUUCCAGGUCCCAUCUGGUCAAGGUUGUAGAACGCCGACACGAGGCUCCCUUCCAGCUUUCGUGGUGGAGCGCAAGCACCAUUUGGUUCCUUGAGUGGCGUUUCCUGGCGGUUUUCUUUCAGAGUACCAGCGGGCCGUUUGGGCCGUCCAACCAGUAGUUGGUAAAAGCGGCACUUCAGGUUGGAUGGGGGGGGGGGGGCAAUUGUGCAAUUAACAACCUAAAGUUUAAGAUAAAAAUGUCUCAAAGUACGGGCACCAGCAUUUAGUGGCCAUUGGAGGAACUGCAGUAGAGGAUAUCAUGUUUCGAACAUGAAGGGUAAUUCCGUCUUAUAACUUGGGUCUCAUUUUUUUAUGUAGAUUUAACCGGUCAUUUCCACACAGAACAACGGACUAAUCAAGUUCAUCUUGAAACUUGAGCACUUCCGUGAAUAGGAGUUUGAGGGCGGAAGAAACACAAGCAGGCACCAACGAACCCCAAAGGGGGCCGAAGGCCUCAGCCGAGCGUUCCUGUGCAGCCCGACGGGCUCCUCGACCCAAAGAGGAGCAGCGUGCACCACCUGCAAGCAGUUCAACCAAAAAGCGGUCUGAAACAGCUCCUCCAUGAAGCUUUAAGAGACUGUUCCGAGUUCCUGUCCCUCCCCAGUCCAGACUCCCUGCUACUGUAUAAUUCUCAAUACGUUUGAUAGAGUGCGUGUGCUUAUGGACUCCUGGGUGGGGGGGGGGGGUGGGGACGGAGGAGGUUCUGUAGGGAGUGACUGAUGCGUCUUGUGAGGGAGACGUUCUCUCGUCCCCCCCCCCCCCCACGCGGCGUUGGGAUGGAACGGAUCACGAGCACAUUCCUGCCUGUUGUUUUCUGUCCAUAUCGUUUCCAGUUCUUACCGACUCACAUGUACAUAAAGCGCAUAUACGUGUACACAUGUGCAAUACACGCUAUUCGAGCAAUUAUUACUGUGACUAUUGAUACUUGUCGCCCCGUCUCAUGUCGCUCAAAUGUGUCACAGGAGUCUCCUGUGGCUGCUCACUCAGACAUUUUAAUGAAGCCCUUUUUAUUUCUUUUAUUACUCACUGUAAUGUUGUGACGUUGAUCCUGAUGAUCGGUUUCUUUGUUUUUUUUAAGUGGGCCUGUUGUUAAACUUGUCUGGAAACUCAAUAAAGCAACUCACUGAC